AUGAGUUUUCUAUCAGAAAUUGAAAGUUUGGGUAGUAAAGCACUCAGCAGUGGCUCAUCUGGCUCUGCUACUGGACAACAAUCUGGAGCUGGUGGUUUACUCAGCGAAGUCGAAAGUCUCGCGCAAUCAGCUGGUGGUAGUGGAAAUACUAGUGGUAGUGGCUUACUUAGUGAAGUCGAAAGUCUCGCGCAAUCAGGUAGUAACAGCGGAAAUACUAGUGGUGGUGGCUUUCUUAGUGAAAUCGAAAGUGCCGCUAAAACUGGAAUCGAAGGUAUCAUUACAAAAGAAGCCGGUUCAUUUCUUUAA